UACACAUUCAAGAAAACAUAUUUCGAGAUUUCAUUAUUAGACUCCAUCAAAUCUUUAUACAUUAUCAGUGAUGACGGAUUCAAGGCCUGCAAGUAUCUUGACUCAAGCCGAUGCUUUACUUAGGAAAAAUUUAGUUUUCCAGAAACGUAACAUAUGGAGCAAUGUACGUCUCGUCACGAUCCCUUUCUUCCUCUGUGUACUUCUCGUUGUUAUUCAGUUGCUCUUUGACUCUCAAUUCAACGAGGACCAUGGUCAAUGUGGGUGCUUAAAUGAGAAAACUUGUGGCAUAAGGUAUUCUACUUCGGAUCAAGCAGCGUUUUGCGCCAUUCCUAACCCAUCACAGUGGACUCCAUUACUUCAAAUCCCGUCUCCUCAAUACCGAGCCGUGACUACACUGUACCUGAGCCAUUCUUCACCUGUCACCUUUCUCUUCACCGGGAAUAACCAGUCGCUUGGAGAAACUCUAAUGCGGAAUAUAUAUAGCAAUUCACCUGAGUUUGGUGGAGAUUUAGCCAAUUAUGUAUUGGGGUCGUCAUCUUUGCCUGCAUACACCAAUUAUAUGGACUCUUCUUUCAUCUCAGAACUCCCCAUCUACAAUAUCAAACACCAAUGCUCACUGAACUCUUCCUUCUCAAUCUUAAUUCACCAACCACCUCUUUCAUUCCCCAAAGAGAUAAACUGUGUCAGAGGACUAAAUUUGUGGCGGAAUAGUUCUUUGGAUGUGAACAAGGAGCUUUUCAAAGGUUAUCGAAAAGGAAAUCAAGAAGAGAAGAUUAACGAGUAUACUGCAGCUUUUGAUUUUCAGAACACAAAUGGGAACAGACUCAAUGUUAAUGUUUGGUACAACUCUACCUACAAGAACAAUACAGUGAUUCGGCCUAUGGCUCUGAUUCGAGUCCCUCGCUUGGUCAACCUGGCAUCUAAUGCAUAUCUUGAGUUCCUAAAAGGUUCUAAGACAAAGAUCCUCUUUGAAUAUAUCAAAGAAAUGCCCAAACCAGAGACUAAAUUGACCCUAGACAUCACCUCCCUGAUCGGUCCGCUCUUCUUCACAUGGGUCAUUCUGCUGUUAUUCCCUGUGAUCUUAACCGCACUGGUUUAUGAGAAACAACAGAGGUUAAGAAUCAUGAUGAAGAUGCAUGGACUUGGUGAUGCUCCUUACUGGAUAGUUUCAUAUUCCUAUUUUGUUCUUGUGUCGACUCUAUACAUGUUGUGCUUCGCCAUAUUCGGUUCAGCCAUUGGUAACUAUGCCACAAACUCUAUCGAAUUUGCUAAUAUGUGUCUUUCUAUGUUCCUUAUUCUUUUUACUUGUCUUCCAGGGUUAAACUUCUUCAGGCUUAAUGACUAUAGUAUCCAGCUUGUGUUCUUCCUGAUUAGCAUAAAUCUUCAAAUAUCAGUCGCUUUCUUAGCAUCUGCAAUGUUUUCAGAUGUUAAAACUGCUACAGUUGUAGCAUACAUAUAUGUAUUUGGAACUGGACUCCUAGGAAUCUUUCUUUUUCAAUUCUUCUUGGAAGAUCCUCACUUCCCAAGAGGAUGGAUCAUUGCAAUGGAGUUAUACCCUGGAUUUUCGUUGUACCGUGGGCUAUACGAGUUAUCACAGUCUGCGUUUGCGGCAGACUACCGUGGGGUUAAUGGAAUGAGAUGGAGAGAUUUUGGGGAUGGAAUGAAAGAGGUGACUUGUAUCAUGCUCAUUGAGUGGCUUCUACUUCUUGUUUCAGCGUUUUACAUUGAUCAAAUCACUUACUCUAGUAAACAUCCAUUGUUCUUCUUCCUGCAAAGCCCUUCAAAGAACAAACAACAUCACUACUCUUCUAACAAACAGAUUUCCAAAUUUGUCGUCGAAAUGGAGAAACCAGAUGUGUGUCAAGAGAGGGAGAAAGUAGAGCAGUAUCUACUUGAAUCAACCGGAAACUGUGCGGUUUUGUGCAAUAAUCUGAAGAAGGUAUACUCAGGUAAGGACGGGAACCCUCAGAAACUCGCGGUAAGAGGAUUAUCUCUUGCUUUACCUCAAGGAGAAUGCUUUGGCAUGCUUGGUCCUAAUGGAGCUGGCAAAACCUCUUUCAUCAACAUGAUGACAGGAAUCAUUAAACCAUCAUCUGGCUCAGCAUUCGUUCAGGGUCUUGAUAUUUUAACGGAUAUGGAUAGGAUAUAUACAACAAUUGGAGUCUGUCCGCAACACGAUCUUUUGUGGGAUAAAUUGAGUGGAAGGGAGCAUCUACUUUUCUAUGGAAGGCUCAAGAAUCUUAAAGGUUCUGUCUUAACACAAGCUGUUGAAGAGUCACUUCGCAGUGUGAACCUUUUUCAUGGAGGAAAUGGGGACAAACAGGUCAGAAGAUACAGCGGAGGGAUGAAGAGACGGCUAAGCGUUGCCAUUUCUCUUAUAGGAAACCCUAAAGUUGUUUACAUGGAUGAGCCAAGUACUGGGCUUGAUCCAGCCUCUAGGAAAAGUUUAUGGGACGUAGUGAAACGUGCUAAGCGGAAAGGGGCGAUAAUACUCACCACACACUCAAUGGAAGAAGCUGAAGUGUUAUGUGAUCGUCUUGGAAUAUUUGUCAAUGGAAGUUUGCAGUGCAUAGGCAAUCCUAAGGAGCUGAAGGGUAGAUAUGGAGGAUCCUAUGUAUUGACUAUGACAACCUCAAAGGAACACGAGCAAGAAGUGGAGGAACUAGUGCAUAGAAUCUCCAAGAAUGCAAAGAAGAUAUAUCGAACCUCGGGGACUCAAAAGUUUGAGCUGCCAAAGAAGGAGACAAAGAUCGCUGAGGUGUUUCAGGCGGUGGAGAAGGCAAAGAAGAUGUUCCCGGUGGUUGCUUGGGGACUUGCAGACACAACGCUUGAAGAUGUGUUUGUAAAGGUUGCUCAAACUUCUUAAUUCAGCACUCUUUCUAUAUAUUUUCAUUUUUUUUUUAAUUAUACUUUUUCCUUCCUUUUGCACUUCUGUUUACAAGUUCUAAACUAAUAAUAUUACAAUCUUUAUUUGUCUAUUUUCAAAUGUAAACACAAACGAUGAAAACAAAAUGUACGUGGCCUAAGGCCCUAAACUGGUUGUAGA